AUGUGGGGAGAUUACAAUGCUAUCGUUUACAAUGAACCAUAUGCUCAGAUUAUUGGACAUAAACACCCUGCAUUACAAGGUCAGGAUCCAAGUGUUGCAUUUGCUGAGAUUUGGGACUCUCUCGACCCAUUAAUUGAAGGAAUCAAAGAUACAGGCCAAGGAUUUAUUCAACAUGAUGCUCUUUUUUUCCUUGAUCGACGCGGCUUUGAGGAGGAAACUUAUUUUAAUUAUACAUACCUACCGGUCGUUUGUGAUGAAGGGUAUGUCAUUGCUACACAUGCAACAGUCAAUGAGACCACACGCCAAGUUCUUGCUGAUAGACGAAUGACUAUCAUUCGUGCUCUCGGCGAGCGAUUAUCUAAUGCUAAAACCAUUGGUGAUCUUUGGAAUCAUUUGAUCCAUGGCAUUGAGUUCGCCGAGAAGGACGCGCCUUUUUGCUUCUUGUAUUCAGUUUCCGAAUCAUCUGAAGCAUCAAAUAUACUUCCAUCAACAGUACCUUCGCCAUCCAUGCAUUGCGUUUUUGAAGGUUCUGUUGGCAUACCCGAGGGUCAUCCCAUUGCACCUUCAAGCUUUGAUGCAGCAUAUGAUCAAAACUGCCUAAAUAAAGCAUUCAAUCAAGCUAGGAAUGAAAUGAAAACUAUCCUGGUGCCUGUCGACUCCGAGAUGAAACAAAAUUUUAGCGGAAUAAAGUUUCGAGGAUUUGGCGAACCAACUCACAUAGUUGUUUGCCCAAUAAUGGAUUCUGAGAAACAAAGUGUGCUUGCUUUUCUUGCUAUUGGAUUGAAUCCUCGAGCACCUUAUGAUAAAGAUUAUCAAGAGUGGAUACAGAUGUUGUCACAGCAGGUUACGACUCCUCAAGUGUCUGCUAUUAUACUCCGACAGGAAGUCGAAAGACGUUUAGCACUUGCUAAACAGGAAGCGUUAGAUCGGGCAAUUUUGUCACAGCAACUUAACGAGAGUGAAACGAAUUUUGCACGAUUUGCAACAAGAACCCCUGUUGGGCUCGCAAUAUUAACUGUUGAUGGAGUUGCCCUGACAGCAAAUGACCUAUGGAAAUCCCAAACGAAACUGGAGAUUGGAAGCUCGCAAGUAAAUUGGGAAGAAGUCUUAAUGCCUGGAGAAUACGAACGUGUGAGGAAAGCCUGGUCGCAGAUUGUUCAUGAGAAGAAGCCUGGCACUUUUCAAACGCGAAUUGAUAAACCAUGGAAAGCUCCGGAGCUGAAUGCUGAUGGUGAAGAGCAGUGGUCAGAAACUCAUCUAAUGCUUGCUUGGUUCCCAGACCUUGACGAGGAAGGUAAUGUUUCUACAAUUAUGAGUUGCAUCACAGAAAUCUCCGAAUUGAAAUGGACGGAAAAUCAAUUACGAGCUAGAAUGGAACAAGCUUUGGAGAUGAAGAAGCAGCAAGAAAGGUUUAUUGAUAUGACCUCCCAUGAAAUGCGUAACCCGCUGUCUGCAUUGAUCGGCUGCGCCGAUGAAAUUCUCUCCUCGUUGCACGAAUACAAAAACGCGAUGAAAAGUUUCAGUAGAGCUAGAAGAAUCCGCGAAUUGUUGUCCACCGAGUUACCAGCGUAUCUAAUAGAUGAUGCCAUAGAAGCUACAGAUACGAUUAUCUACUGUGCCAUGCAUCAAAAGCGCAUUAUUGACGACAUAUUGACUCUUUCCAGGUUAGACAGCAAUCUUCUCGUCGUAUCCCCCGAAGCUUCUCAACCAGUGCAUAUCAUUCAAAGUGCUCUCAAGAUGUUCGAAUCCGAACUCAAGCAGGCCGACACAAAAUUAAAUUUCAUCCAAGAUAAUUCUAUUAAAGAUUUGAAGGUACAUUGGACCUUAUUAGAUCCAAGCAGAGUCCUUCAAGUCCUUCUAAACCUUAUGACCAACGCCAUAAAAUUCACCCGCACAGAACCAGUCCGUCAGAUAACAGUCACCAUGGCUGCCUCUCUCUCAAAACCUUCUUCCCAAAGAUCUAUUGUCGAAUAUGUACCUAAACGACGCGAAAGUUCUGAUCAAACCGUUAAAGGCGAAUGGGGAAAUGGCGAAAUCCUUUACAUUUCCAUCACCGUUACGGAUUCCGGUCGAGGUCUCUCAGAAAAAGAAAAAGCAAACCUUUUUCAUCUGUUUAUGCAGGCGUCCCCAAAAACUCACGUACAAUAUGGCGGAAGUGGAUUAGGUCUUUUUAUCUCGAGACAACUUACUGAGAUGCAAGGCGGGGAGAUUGGUGUUCAUAGCGAAAAAGGAAAAGGGAGCACGUUUCAAUUUUAUGUUAAGACGAGGAGGACGUCGCCGCCGCUUGAUUUGGAAGCUGCGGAAGAUGGUAUUAAGAAGGAUUUACAAAUGACGUUGAGGGAAGACGCACUGAGGGAGGCGUGUGGAUUCGAAAUUUCGGGAUUGAGUCAUGAUAAUCUUAUGCAUGACCAUAGUGAAGUGACGGUGAGGGAUAAUGAUGCGAAAAUACCGAUAAGGCCAUUGCCGGUUAAGAAGACAAGCUUUGGGUUGUCCAGUCCGAAUUUGAUGAAUGGGAUUGAGAAGGAAAGGGGUGAAGGUGCAGAACAGGAACAGGGACAUGGAAGGCAAGAGGAACAGGAUAAUCAACUACAAGUACUGGUUGUCGAGGAUAAUUUAUUGAAUCAAAAAGUGUUGGUUAAGAGUUUGAAAAAAGAAGGGUUUGGUGUUAGUGUUGCGAAUCACGGUGGGGAGGCCUUGGAAUUCCUCAAGAAGACAAAAUUUUGGGUUGGUGAUGGUGAUAGUAGGGAGAUAUCGAAAAAGCAACUAAACCUCAUAUUAAUGGAUUUAGAAAUGCCAAUUAUGGAUGGUAUUACAUGCGUAAAACAGAUUCGAGCAUGGGAACGUAGAGGGGCGGUAAGAGGUCAUGUGCCAAUUAUUGCCGUAACGGCUAAUGCGAGAAAAGAUCAAAUAAUGAGCACGAUAGAUGCGGGAAUGGAUGAUGUAACGACGAAACCUUAUCGUAUUCAGGAUAUGCUGGGUCAGAUUGAGAGAUUGGUUAUUAGGUAUUCUGAAAGCGGGGGUGGAAGGGGAAGUAGGGAGGAGAUGGACUCUGGUACUUUGAACGAGAGUGUGAGGAUCCUGAGUGAGGAUAGAGGUAUGGAUAGGGAAAGUGAGGAUAGGGUGAGUACGGGUAAGAGUAUGGGAAUGGGUAUGCAAAGUCAAAAAAAGAAUACCCGGAAGAAAGAUAGGGACACACAAACACGCAAGGCUAGUACUUCGACGACAUCAACAUCUACAACCAAGACUCCGAAUACGAAUCCAUCAACCGCAAGUCCUUAA